UGUGUUCCGCGAAUAACCGGAUAUUUGUCGGUGCCUUUUUUGUACAACAUCAAACCAUUGAUAGAGGGCUGAGGGUCAUAGUAUAGCAGAUACCAUAGCGGAAUGGAAUGGUUAUAUUAUCUGUUGUCAAUGUUUUUGUGUGCGUUCAUGGGUGACUUUCAAAGAUAAGCACUAUAAAAUAUAUUGCUUUCUUAUACUCAAAUGUUGUCUCUUUCGCUUUUAUUUCAUGUUUUAUGAUACAUACUAUGACCCAUGUUCAAAACAAUAAUUUUUGAAAAGAAAAAGCAAAUUUUUGAAAAGAAAAAAUCAAGUGCUGUUCAUGAUGUAACAUGCAUUGAUUGCGGUGAAGGGGAUCAUUACACCCAACAAUACUUAAAAUGUGAAUUGUAUAAGACAGAAACUGCAGAUCAAGUUGGUUCGAAAGGCAGAAAAAGCAAACAGAACUUUGAAAUCAAGAAGGAAAAGAAGAAAGCAAGGAAAGACAAUAAUGAAGGCCCAGAUGAAGGAUUCCCUAGAAGGGUACCACUGAUCGUGUUUGGUGCUGGAAUGUUUGAAAAAGAUGUAGUCAAGCUGAAAGGGCAAAGAUGCGGUGUUGUCGGUAAACUUUUUGCCACUCUGAAGAAACGUGAAGCUAAAGGUCAAUUGAUGGUUGUCACAAUCGAUGAAUUUAAAACCUCUAAAACAUGCAGCCUUCGUUUCUAUGGAUACUCCUGGAUUCAAGGGUACCGGCGUUCUUCAUUGGAAGCAAUGUCUAAAGCUAUGACAGAGAGACAUUAACGCCGCUAUCAACAUGAUGACUAUAUCCCAAGCAGUUUGGUCCGGAGCUAGAAGACCUGACGUUUUCAAGCCAGCGAAGAAGAAAAAAGUAUCGCCGUAAUAAGCACGGUUUUCCUUAUAUUUUUAAGGAUUUAGAUCAUUACAGGUGAGGAAUAGUACCGUUUUUUUUU